AUGCAGAGCGCCGCUCCCGCCUGCCUCCUCCCUUUAAAGAGCUUGGAAUACCCUUUAUCCCGGAGCAGGGACGGCCAUGGGGAGCCGGACCGCGGGCCCAGAGGCCGCUUCGGAGGGUUCAGGCCGGUACCACCGUGCCAAGGCGGGGAGUGUGUCCCCACCCGCUGCGGAGAAAGAAAGGAGCCGGGAACCAGGGAGAGGGGCGGGGAGAAGGACAAACCCCGCAGCCGAGGCGGGCCGGGGGAGCACUCACCCAGCAGCAGCCAGCCGGAGCCCGCGGAGCCCAGGAGCGGGGCGAGCAUCCCUGCGGCGCGGCCCCUGCGCCCCGCUCCGCGCACUGCGGCGCGCACUGCGCACCCCGCCGGCCCGGCCCGCUCCGCCGCGCCCCGCACACUCCCCGCCGCUCCCCUGGCGGAGGGCGGUGUUUUUAGCAGCCCUCCUUCUCUCCCCAUCCAGCCGAGCUCUCCAGAUCCCUCUUAA